UAUCCUCUGGAUGGUUGAAAAACGGCAGAUAACGAACAUCAGUGCCGUUGUUAGAGGCAGCAGGGCAACAACGAGAGCAAGGGAAUCGCGAUGGAGAUAGUUAUACUUUGAUUUAAAAAAUCAAACGUCUUUACGUAGCGUUUUACGUAUUCGAAAGACGGUUGGUUGUUGCGCGAUGAGUGAAGCGACUCAGGAAACGUCCGUAACGAGCACCCAGGAUCGGUUAACGCCAGUUGAGGUCAAUGAAAAUGGAACAGUACUUGAAAGAAAUGGAGAAUCUAAGGCUGAAUUGGAAGGAGGUAAAUCGACCGUCGAAGAACUGUUUCCUUGGAUUUCAGAAUUCAAGAAAAAGUGUAGGUGCCUUCUGGCUCAGCCCAAUAUCGUCUCGUUAAUAAAGCUCAUGAAAUUCUACGCCAGAAAUGUGAGCGUUAACAUUACCGAAUGUUACACCAAACCUUAUAGGGCAGCGAAAUUAAAAGAUUCGAUUAGCGAGACGUUGCUUUUCUUUUUAUUCUACUAUCGAGAACUUGUAGAGAUAUGCGAUAGAAAUUCAUACCUGGAUAAGAUGUCGGAUUUAUUGGCGAUGUACAUGGAUAUGGAGCUGAAGGCAUCUAGGCGAGGCAAAGAACAUCAUAGCAAAAUAGCCGCCCGUCUAACGUCCUGCCUCUUUGUUUACCUCGAAAACUCAAACGAACACAUCUUGGAUACAUUCAUCAAAGCAAAAUUCAUCAAUCGAAAUUACCACGACAUCUUGGAUCCAAUUUUAAUCAAAGUAUUCAAGACUAUACCUGCACGACCUAAUUGUGACACGAUGUAUGUUCGUUACCUGUUGAUCUAUCGGCUUUGGAAAAAAGUAAAUAACAACGCGAUUGUGAAGAAUCAGAUAAAUUCGACAGCCAUUUUACACCUAGGGCCACCUCCUGUGUCUCCAACACCAUUUCUGGCCAAAUAUGUGCUGCCAAAGGUUCCAAAGUCUCAGGCAAAUUCUACUAAAUUUCUCUUACUACACAAAUUUGACAUAGAAAAGGCGUGCAAACUAUUUGUCCAAUACUGCAAGGAAAAUCGAGAGGAUGAAAAUCAGGGUGACCUCAGUAAACCAAAUUUCACUGCAAACACACCUAGCUUCGAUGACUUGGAACUGUUGGGAGGCAGUGACAUGUCCAGAGAUACGAACCACAUUGACAAUCUGACCGAUAAUGUCAAUAUACCAGAUGUAGAAACACGCCAGCAAAAUUUGUUGAAAACAAACUGCAUCUGCAGCAGCGGCGGGAUUUGUAUGGGAAAAUGUUCCGCCCAAGAAAGUACGAAAUCGGAAAAUAACGUCAAGACAAAACAUGAGUCUAGUAAAGUAGUACCAUUGAAGCCGCAUAAACCUGGAAAAGUACUUCCAAGACCCAAAUCAAAGAAGACAGGUGACAUUCUGUAUAUCGAUCUAACGAGCGAAGAAAUAACGGAAAAAGUGAUAAAAAAGAAAAAGCAGCUCAAGCUUCACUGGCUGGCACAAGUGAAGAAGAAACUUAACAUGAAAAGUGUAAAAACAGGGGAAAAGAAGAAGAAGAAGAAAGCUCAAUCUGAUGAGAGCAAUUCAUCCGACAAUUUAACACUCCCUGAUAUAAUUGGCAGCACAUCGGCUAGGUCUUUGUCCACUGCAACUACUCCAGAGCCUUCAGUUUUCUCGGCUAAUGCUGUGAUUAAUCCGACUUCACCCGAAUCAUUAUCAACUGUGACAACGCCAGUGCCUGAAAAUUGCGUAUCGUCAAACGUUGCGGGCGACUUUGUUUCCGUAGAAUAUUCAGCAAACUCUUGUAAAGACGAGAAGUCUGAGUGUGCCGAGAAACUGGCAACGUGCGAAGCUACAACUACAGUUACAAUUGCUCGCACAGAUUCUAGUCACAUGUUAAAUCUUGAUGCAAAUUGCGACGGUUCAUUUUCCGAAAUUCAUUUAGAAACAUCUGUUGUUCAAUUGUCUAAUACUUUAAGUCACAUGUUUGAGACUUAUGACGGCGACAACAGCACUGCGGAUACUAGUAGUGAGAAUCACGUGAAUAGUCCAUCUAAACAAAAUGAAACAGGUUCUAUAACUGUUUCGAUUGAAAACGACAGCGCGUCAGUGGUCCACAAACAGGUAUCAAGUACAGAAAGAGACGAGAUUUUUGAAACAUCUGAAGCUUACAGAAGUCCGUCAGAGAGCUCCGAUGUCAGUGUCAUUUUCACUCGGAAUCCUUUGGAUGUGGCAAUUGUGGAUCUUGAUGAAUAUGCAGAGGACAAUAGCGGAAUAAGCGAAUCGUGUGAGGAUCCUAAUAUCGCUUCUGAGAUGGAAAACAUGAAACUGGACUCGUCGUUACCCGGUUACUUGGUGAGCGAUACGAACCGUGAGAAUAAUAUCAAGAAUGAUUUACCAAGGAUUAAAGAUGAGUUGAAUAAUGAUCUAACGAACAUAACUUUCCACACUAAUGAACUUAGAUUGACAAAAUCUCGCGAAACAUACUUGAAUACGCUGAAUAAUACUGUACAAGAACAGUCGGUGGACAACGAGAAUAAGUCGGGUAAAAUUCAGAAGGUGAUAAACUUUGCUGUGAAAGAGGAAAGCUCUGAUAACGUCGCUGCCUUUGAAGUCAUUGAUUCUGAGAAUACAAACUCUGCUAAAUUUCAUCUGCAAGACGUUAGUCAGCUUAUUGUAGAUGCAAACGCAGAACCAGACGUAGAGAAUAAAAUUUUGAUUGUGAUGCAAAAGGAAGAAGAAGCGGACUCCUAUCGUUGUCGGAUUGAGCAGGAUAACGAAGAAAAUUUUGAAAAAUCAGCGCCUAUCAAAUACGAUAUUCUAAAACAGUGUGACUACAAAUCUGGUGAAGGUGAUCAAUUGGAUGGUACGGAAUUAAAGAAAAUCACAGAGUUAGAGAUCGUCGAAAGACAUCAGCAUAAUUCUACAAACAAUGAAUCUGAAGCUGAAACUGGAGAUAAAUCGACUACUAAUGUGGAGAAUGAAUAUGUCGACGAAGAGACAUUGAUACCAAAGAUAAACGAUACUCUGAUUUCUACUGAAAAUAUUGAAAAUAAUAUUCGUGAUAUUUCAAAUGAUCUAUUAGCGAGUCAAGAGUCUCAAUUUCGUGAAAAUAUUGAUGGCUUAUCACUGCUGGCCAGUGUAUCGCAGCAUGUAUUUAACCUUGAAUAUUCUGAGAAAUCGCUAACUAAACCAAAAAUUUUAGGGGAAGAAAUUUCGUGUCCUGAAUCGAAAAUAAAAAGAAGUCAUUUAUUGAGUAAUAACGGUGUGAUCAAAGAAGUCAGUAAUGAAGUCUUGCUUGACGUAAAUAACACGAUCAGCUGCAAGAGCAUCAACGGAAUAGCGGGUGUUUGGCAAAAAAUAAACGACGAUAAAAUCCACGGGACUGACUUGGGGUCAGAAAAGUCGGAUAAUAAUGUAACAGAAAAUGAAUCUUUAGACAUGGUUCCUCUUGUUCUAGAAACGACAGUGGAUCUCAAUUCAAGUACACUGCAUAAUAAUAUGAUCUCAGUUGAAAACGUAACGCAGAUGAUUAAGGACAGUACAAACGUUAUAGUUAACGGAGAGACUGUUGUUCUGUUACAAAAAUCGCCAAACAGUAACUUGUACAUCAUCAACAAAGCGAGCGACAAUACAGCCGAGUGUUUGGGCGAAGAGAAAAAGAGCGCUCCUAAAACGACCAAAAGGAUCUCCACAGCUAUGCGCGAUAUUAUGAACCAUAUUCCGAUAAAUCUCUCGAGAAAGAACACGGAUCGUCAAGAAGGAGCGAAAACCCAUCGGUCCAAAGUGCAUACUGCUAGUAAAAACAAGGUUUCUAAGCAAUUCAAACCAGUUGCUGAAAAGUUUUCCCAACACAGAGAUAAACCGGAUAUCGGAUAUAUUAGGGAGGAAAUUCUGAACGAAAGUAGCUACGACCAGAUGUCAAGGCAGCGAAGUACCGACACACCGCAAUCUGUGGUAGAGUUAGAGCCGGUUAAAAAACCUCCGCCACCGGUGAUCAUCCUCACUGAAACAUCGAACGAUGUUCAAAUGACGACGAAUGAGCGGAUCAGUCAAGAAUCUGGUGUGAUUAAUAUGACAACAACUGGAAGAUUGAGCGGGAAAUUGUCAAGUAAGAAGCGUGGAGAUAAAGUUAAAGGUACGUCGAUUGAAAAUCUAACAUUUAAACAGAAUAUAAAACAAGAAUUUGAAAGCUGUGUCGACGACUUGUCUACCAAAAGAUCGUCCUGCUACGGAAGUCAAUUAACGCCUGGCGAUUCUCAUCUGCAGGUAUCAAAAAGAAGUUAUAAUAAUAUUAAUCCCAAUAACAUGUUGCCUUUAAACUCAAGGAGCCCACCUAAAAUCCCACAUGUCUAUAGCACAGUAACUACAACGGCAAAUUUGUACAGUCUUGAACACGAGCACUGUGACUGCGCGCCUUGUAAUAUGAAGGUGAGUUCUUCCCAGCCGUAUCAAGCAAUCCCGCAACCUAUUCCAACUUGUCAAUUGUCCCAUUGUGCUUGUUUGAAAUGUGCUUAUGAAGUACAUUACAGACAAUAUCUACCACCUCACUCGCCCUUCCUUCAAACGAAUUCCUACUUCGUCCCUACCGAAUCUAAACUAACUGCUAAAAACAGCGUUGUUCAAGAGAAGACGUUGAAGCUGGCUGAAGCAGCUUUGGCAAAGCUGGACGACGAUCAGCUGCUACAUAAAAUUGAGCAGAGUAUUAUAGAUAAUAAAGUAUUAAGCCCGACCAAUGUUAAAAAUAACGUUCCAGAGGUGAAGUAUAAACCUGAAUUCGAUAGUAAAUUACCUCUGAAAAAGAGACUGAAAGCCCAUGCAAUGAUGUCAAUGAUCUAUCAAGACACGCCGAUAAAACUUGAAAAAGUUGAGAACUAUCCAGGGACACCGAUGAUGUCCAUAGCCGCUCUGGAAGCUAGAAAUCUCACACAGAACGCCGUCCCUGUUUUCGAGCAAAAACCGACGAUGCCUUCCACAGUGAUAGAAUUAUCUCCUCGAAUCAAAGAUGACUCAUCUCAUCACACAACGGAGAUGAUCAGAAGGGAUUAUCUGAAGGACACUUCGCUUACUUCGAUAGGUAAUUGCGCCAACGUGGAUGAGAAAGCCAGAAAACUCAAUCAGCAUCGGCGUCAAACUGCUGCUGAAGUGAAUGUUACGGCGUCUGGAUGUCAGAAAAAUUUUAAAACCCUGGCCCAGCGUAAGGAGAUCGCAAUUUCAUCGCCAUCUUCGUUAAAAAGAAAAACGACCAUCGUUCCCAACCAUCCAAAGAGUCCUAAAAAAACGAAAAAGGCGAACGUUGGUAAAACUAAAGGUAGACAAACCAGAAGCUCUACAAGAAACAUUCCCAAAGUGGAUUACAACUAUGAUGGUAUCAUCGAUCUUGUCGAACCAAAAUUGAACACGUUGACCGAAUCGAAACGUAAACGUAAAAAGACUGGCCGAUGAUUAAUACUAUUUGACAUCGAGAAGUGAGAACAAUUAUCAUUAUAAAAUAUAAAAUAAGCGAGGAGAAAAGAUCGUUGCAUGGGCUAUUUAAAUUUGAAAUCCUAAUAUUCGUGUAUAUAGUUGUAAUUAACCCACAGCAGGAAGAUUCUAGAUAACAUAAUGUCUUGCCGGAAGAUGGAAAAGUGAAGAUUUAAUACAUCAGCAUCUCGUCAUGAAGAUAAAGAGAGGCGCGCCAAAGAUGAAGCAGGAUCGUCAUCACUGGAAGAUAUUUGAAAGAAAUUGUUCAUUUGAUAUUUUCAAAGUAUUUUGAUCUCGGGUUA